AUGAUGGGCAUCGACGACUUCGCGACGACGGUGAACCUCGCCGACGCGCUGAGCGGCUGCGCCGAGCCGAGCCCGCAGUGCGCCUUCCCCCAGCACUCAUGUGAGGAGCUCGACGCCUUCCUGGGCCGCGCCGACGACGCCGGUCUAUUGACCAUGGAGGCGAUCCUGAAGGGGCCGUUGGGCCUGCGCAUGUUCUCGCGGUGGGCCUCGACGUUUGUUCAGGGCGGCGGCGCGGUGCGGGCGGCGGCGCACUUCUUAGUUGAUGUCGCUCUCCUCAAAACGAAGAACGACGCGGCGCUUUAUGAGUCCAUCAUGGGUACCUACUUCGGCAACGACGCGCGUGUUGAACGGGACCUGCCCUGCGAUCUGAGGAGGGCGCCGCGGCCUUCUACGGCGGACGCGACGCUGUACAAGACGCACGUGCAGGAUGCCGCCUUAUUGGGCCUCGAAGGGCGCUUGGCGCGGCCGUCGAAGGCGCCGUCCUUCCGGCGGGAGACGUCGAUUAUUUCGCGGUACCGGCGCGGCGUCUCGACAGUACAACACUCAUUUGCGUCCCGCGUCGAUGGCGUCGCGCGUCGUCGCGCGUGCCGCGUCGAUGGCGUCUCGGGCCGCGCUUCGAGACGCUCCCACCGCACGCCGUCGACGCGACGCGGCAAACAUAAAACCACGCAGGGACAAGCUGCCCCUCGUCCACGGCGCCUCGUUGAUCGCCAAGGACGCGCCGUUCCAAGACCAAUUCAACAUAAUCGAGGACCUCAUGCUCGCGUUCUGCGAGAAAGUAGCUUUACCCUGCUUUUUGUGUAGAGACGCGAACCCGGACCUCUACGCCUACCUAGGGUACCUCAAGACCCAGGUCGAAGCCAAACCUUGUGAAGAGGACUUUGAGACCAUCCGAGUCAUGGGCAAGGGCGGCUUUGGUUUGGUGAAGGGCUGCAAGACGCUGCGGACGGGCAAGAUGUACGCCCUCAAGGAGAUGGACCUGAAGCACGUCACGAAGAAGAAGGCUAAAGUUUUGUGUGACGCCGAGCAUGCGUGUCUGACGCAUCCUGUGGUUGCGGACUCGCCGUUCAUCGUGUCGUUGAUUUACGCCUUUCAAAGUUCGUCAGCGUUGUGUCUGGUGCUGGAUCUGAUGACUGGUGGGGAUUUAUCAUUUCAUCUAGACAGAGCACCUUCCAGAAGAUUCCCGGAGGAAGCGGCGCGGUACUACGCGGCACGGACGUUGCUCGGCCUCGAGGCAUUACAUGACGCGGGGUUUGUCUAUCGCGACCUGAAGCCCGAGAACAUUCUGGUCGAUGGCGACGGUCGUUGUCGUUUGUCGGACCUGGGCUUGGCGGCUUUGAUACCUCAAAAGGGUGUAGCUGGUACUCCGGGAUACCUCGCGCCCGAGAUGCUCCAGGGUCACAAGUACGGGACGGAGGUCGACUGGUGGUCCUUCGGGUGCCUGCUCUAUGAGCUUGUAAGUGGGACGUCGCCCUUUCGCACGGCGGAAGCGCGGAAGACGUACGAGGGCGACGCGGUCGCGUCGGCCAAUCAAGCGACGCUCGAGAUGAGUGUGGAGUACCCUCCCUACUUUUCUGGUGAGUUGAAGGACUUACUAUCAAAGUUGCUGCAGAAAGAUCCCGAGCAACGACUCUGUAAGAACGUCGCGGCGCACGCGUUCUUCUCCUCACUCAACUGGUCGGUCCUACGCAACGACCCGGACCCCGACACGAUCGAGGGCUCACAAGAAGCGCCGCCCUUCGCCCCGGGCAACUCGCUGAAUGUGGAAGAUCCUGAUGAAAUUGGGACGUUCCCCGAUUUACCGGAUAUUGUGGUGGAUCCAGGCAUGUUCCCGGAGGCGUCCUGGUUGUACGUCAGCGAAACGAAGUACCAGGAGGAGGUUGUGUGGUUAUUGCAGUACCAGGAGAAGGCGGCGCCCAAGAAGUCCUCUUCGUUCUGCACCAUUGCCUAG